AUGAGGCUGUCACCAUUCGCCCUCCUUAUGGGCCUAUCCGCCCUGGCGAAGGCAUCGGGCGAAACGUUAGUCACCAGAGAAUCAGAUGAUUGGGAGGAGGAGAAGCCACUGGUACCAACAGUGUUCAAUGGGGUCACUGUCCCUCCCAUGUUGGAAUUGGAUCCAUCCAACUACAAGGACGAGAUUGCGAAAAGCAAAUAUCUUGUCAUCAAGCAUUAUAGCCCUUACUGCCCUCACUGUAUCGAUUUCGCCCCAACCUUCCAGACCCUCUACGAAUACUACUACACCUCGAAACCAAAAGCUGCCGGCAGUUCUAGCUUUACCAAGUACUACGAUCUCAGAUUUGCCAUGCUCAAUUGUAUUGCCUACCAGGACCUCUGCCUUAGCCAUGAUGUCAACACCUACCCCCAGACAAUCAUAUUUGAGAAUGGCAAGGAGUUCACUCGUAUUCGAGGUGCCAAGCAAAUAGGGGUCAUCAGCGAGUUGGUCGAGAAGGCCUUGGAGGAGGCUAAGCCUGGAUCUCGUCCUACCACUGUCGAACUCCCUGAGCCCGGUGACAAGGAGUUCCCAAAGAGGGCACCUUCAAAGGAAGACGAGGAAGACUCCACUACCAAGGGCUCUAGCAAGACUUCCAUCACGGAGGACGACGAUUCUACCGAGGAAGACUCCAAGGAACAUGAUACCAGCGUGAUUCACAAGGACGAUAUGGAGAGUCUUUCAGACGAGCACUUGGAAAGCCUUUCCGAUACACUGGACGAUAUUCUGAGUGAGAAGCCCAAGAAGGUGUCCGACGAGACUAAAUCUACUGGGCGGGAGUGGCCUCAAAAGUGGAAAGGAGUGACUGCCGCUGAGGUGUUCAAUAUCAGGAAGCCCAAGAAGCCUUUGAACCCCCCCAACGAAAAUGGGGCCUCAGUCCCUCUUACCGCAGAGAGUUUCCAGAGACUAGUAACCAUGACUCAGGACCCUUGGUUCGUCAAGUUCUACGCCCCCUGGUGCCACCACUGCCAAGCACUGGCCCCAACUUGGAACUCGCUCGCCAAGAGUAUGCAAGGCAAGCUCAACAUCGGAGAAGUCAACUGCGAUGUCGAGAGAGGAUUGUGCAAGGACGUAAAGGCUCGGGCUUACCCUACCAUUCUGUUCUUCAAGGGCGGCGAGCGAUCCGAGUACCAAGGUCUCCGAGGCUUGGGUGACUUUGUCCAAUACGCUGACAACGCUAUUGAUCUUGCUGGAGGUGUACCCGACGUAACUGCCGAAGAAUUCGAGGCCCUCGAAAAGAAGGAGGAAGUCGUCUUCGUCUACUUCUACGAUCACGCGACAACGACUGAGGAUCUCGUGGCCUUGGAGCGCAUUCCUCUCAGCCUCAUUGGCCAUGCCAAGUUGGUCAAGACUCAAGAUCCUGCCCUUUACAAGAGAUUCAAGAUUAGUACCUGGCCCAGGUUGCUGGUGUCUCGAGAAGGCCGCCCAACGUACUUCACACCUUUGACGCCCAAUGAGAUGAGAGACGUGCCCCGUGUUCUCGACUGGAUGAAGUCUGUCUGGCUUCCUCUUGUUCCUGAACUUACUGCCAUGAAUGCUCGCCAGAUCAUGGACGGCAAGAUUGUCGUUUUAGGUAUCUUGAACCGCAAGAACGCAGAUGGAUUCCAAGGUGCUCUCAGAGAACUAAAGAGCGCUGCCAACGAGUGGAUGGAUCGACAGAUCCAAGAAUUCCAACUUGAGAGGAAGAAGCUCCGAGAUGCCAAGCAGAUGAGAAUUGAAGAAGCUGAGGAUCGCGAUGAUGAGCGCGCUCUGAGGUCCGCCAAAACGAUUCGCAUCGAUAUGAACAACUCCGGGAAGAAGGAAGUCGCAUUUGCUUGGGUUGAUGGCGUCUUCUGGCAGAGAUGGAUCCGCACUACUUUCGGUAUUGAUUCUACUCUCGGUGACCGUGUCAUCAUUAAUGACCAGGAUAGCCGCCAAUACUGGGACAACACUGUUACUGGGAACUACAUCAUGGUCAGCCGUACUGCCAUCUCAGAGUCCCUCGACAAGAUCAUCUACGGGCGGAAUGUGAUCAAGCCCAAGCUGGCUGUCUCCAUCUUCGAAAAGGCGCUUCUUGAUAUUCGCGUCACGUUUGUUGAGCAUCCAUACCUAAGCUCAGGAUGUGUCGUUGGUGUUCUCUUUGGCCUCUUCACCAUUUUCAAGGGCCGCUUCCGUCGUAGGGCUGGAUACUUCAAGCUCGACGAACCCAAGGGAUCUUUCAAGGAUGGCAUUCUGGGUCACAACGGAUAUGCCAAAGCGGAUUGA